AGAGAGACUUCCGUGCUCGGUGAGAAGGUCUCUACUGACGGCAAGGGCGAUUAUAAGCAUGGCAAGAGGCAAAAAGACUGAUACAGAAAAAACAGCUGCGGCUAACACCAAAGAUCUCAGUAGAUUUGAUUUUGAUGAUGAAGCAGAUGGCCAGGCAGGAACUCCUCCAGGGAGCAAAUAUGAAACUCCACUAGUUUCCAAGGCAGGAAAGAAAAGAACAUACAGAGAAACAGAAGAGGCAGAUGAACCAGAACCAGGCGACUUCAAUAAUGAACUGCACAGAAUGCUUGGUUGUUUUGGAGCGGUGAUUAACUCAGAGAUGAGUAAACGUAAGAAGUUAGAACAACUGACUCAAAACUCUCUGAAGAAAGGUCAUGUCAAAGUUGAUGAAGUUCUUAUACGACAACAAAAUGAAAGGCAGAGACUACAUGAGGAGUAUGACAAGCAAGUUUCAAAUGUUUUGCAGCAGCUGGAGACAGACUUGGAAAAGACAAAAGAGCAAGAGGAGAAAAUACAGAAUGUAUUCCGACAACAACUGAAACUUACUCAGCAGUCCAGAAUCAUCCAAAGCCAGAGGCUAAAAACAAUCAGACAGCUACAUGAAGAAUAUAUAAAGGGGUUGGAAAAAGUUGAAACAGAUCACCAGUCACAAGCAGCAAAAGUCCAGGCUGAACUGAAGAAAGAAAUGGCACUUCUUCAAAAGAAAGCAUUGAUGGAUACUCAAAAGCAGACAAUGGACACUUUCAAGAAGUCCCUGCAGAAUAUGCUGUUCUAGAUGGUUCAGUUAAAUCUGAAAUGACAGGUGAAUGGCUUGCUGGGGAAAGUUUUGGUUCCCAUUAAGGCAGACAAUAUUUUCAAUCAGUUGUAUGCUUUUUUCUCUCACCUUUUUAUGCAAGGCA